UACCUAUUAACCUUCGUCUCAUUCAUUCCCUGUUUUUAAGAAAAAAAGAAAUGGAAGCAAUUGCUACUGGUGCCGCUGCCAAUAUCUCUUCUGAAACUGCAAAGGGUGUAUUUCAUGAAGCAAAACGUCAUAUCAGAUAUGUAGUUUUCUACCAGAGAUACGUCAAGAAUUUCGAGGACAAACUUCAGAGGUUGAUUGACAAAAGAUCAAGCGUGCAGCAAGAUAUUGUUGUUGCAGAAAGGAACGUGCAGAAGAUUAAAGCGGAUGUGCAAGGUUGGUGCGAUAGAGUGGACAAGGUUAUCGCUGAAGACAAGCAUAAAGUGGAUGAUCUUCAAGUCAAAGCAAACAACAAGUGCUUCUUUGGCUUCUGUCCCAACAUCAAGUGUCGACACAAGCUUAGCAGGACAGCGGAAGAAGAUGCCGCAACUUUUGAUGAGCUUAUCAAAGAAUGUCAAUUUAGCAGCGUGGGCUACCAUGAUCUUCCACAACCCAUAUUGGAUACAGAUUUUGAGGCUUUUCAAUCAAGGGAAAGGGUUUUCAAUGAUAUCAUGGAAUCCCUGAAAGAUUCUACUGUGAGCAUGAUUGGAGUGUACGGGAUGCCUGGUGUGGGGAAAUCAUCACUAGUUAAAGAAGUUCAUAGACAGCUCCAGGAGGCUAAGUUGUUCAAUUCAGUGGUUAUGGUCACUGUAUCUAAGACACCUGACAUUCAGAAAAUCCGAGACGAAAUAGCAGAAUCGUUGGGUUUGAAGAUCGAAGAAAGAGUACAGUUGUAAGAGCCAGUAGAUUACAUGAAAGGUUAAAU